AUGCAUAAACUAUUCUUACUUUUAAUGAAUUUGGUUUAUGCAGAUAAAUAUAAUCUUAUUGUUGAACUUAAAUCCUCCUAUUCAGUAAUUCAAGUCUAUGAAAAUGGCCCGAUUAGAGAUUUGAGAAUAAAUACUCGAGGAACGAAUACAGUUGAAUCAAGAAUGAAUAUGAACAAUCCGCUGAUUCCUGCGGUUGGUUAUCCAAAUAUGAUGCUUGUUAGUCUAUUAUGGAACCCCGAACCAACAGAUAUUUUAGUUAUCGGUUUAGGGGCUGCUGUAUUACCAAGAAUUUUACGUUAUUAUUAUCCGAUGACACGCAUUGAUAUUGUCGAAAUUGAUCCAAAUAUUUUGAGAAUUGCUAAAGAACAUUUUCGUUUCAAAACCGAUCCUCUAAUGACUGUUUAUAUAAAUGAUGCAAGGAUAUUUAUCAAUUCUAUUAAAAAAACAUAUGAUAUAAUUUUAUCUGAUGUCUACGCAGAAGUAGAUGUAGGAAUCCCAUAUCAUCUAAGAACGUUAGAAUAUACACAUGAACUUAAACAAAGAUUAAAAGUAGAGACAGGCGUUUUAUUAACGCAUUUACAACGAAAUCAUAAUGACUAUGACAGUAGUCGAAAGAUACAUGAACACGUUUUUAAAUAUAAUUAUGAAUUCGUUGCUAAAAAUUGUAGUUUUGUUAUUUUAUUAUCCGGAUUUCAAUCGUUAACACAGUCCGAAAUGUUUGAACGCGCAGCACAACUUGAACAAACAAAAUGUUUUCUAUUUAAUUUAACAUACCAAGUAUUGAAACUAGAAAAGCAAGAUUUAUUUGAUAUAAACGCGCCAAUAUUGAAGGACAAAAUCACCACACCACCACAACGUUUGACUUUAUUACCUAUGAUCUUUGUCGCUACUGUUGGCUUCUUGACCGGUUGCUAUUACUCACAAUCAAUAACAACAAAGUUAUUUUUGCAUUUCAACGCAGCCUCUUUAUCUAUUAUAGCACACUACAGGAGCACAAAUGGUUAUUGUACACAAAAUCAAAUUGUUGUGUGA